AUGUCGAUAAAGAAACACGGCCUAUACUGCCGUCUCAAGUCUACAAUUAAGGCAAGAUUUCGGCCUAAAAUCGACAACAACACUGUCAAACUAUGCAUGCACGAGUUCUACAACAAACGCUGCAAAACUUGCCAUGUUCCCGAGGCGAUUGUGAGAUUAGGCCUUGUAGAUGCCGGAUACCACUGCGAGGGAUGCAGGUGUUUGAGGCUAGUUGAAUAUACCUCAGACGAGGUACCCGAAUCACGUAUUGGCGAAGAAAGGGCAGCCGUCCUGCUGAGAGACGAGCCAAAAGAUUUAUUGUCGUCCUCUUCUUCUUUGACCGUAGGAAAUGUGGAUGCAUCAGAGCCGUAUGACAUGUCCAUAAUCGCAGCGUAUGAAGACGACACCUGUAGCCUCCGGAGCACGGAAAGUAACGAUGUGUUAGAAGAGGCUGUUCCAGCCACUGCUGUACACAUGACACCGAUGAUGCCCACCGAAAUCCAUAUCCGCUAUUCCCUUGAGAGUCAAAAACGAAGACAAAUAACAAUUCUGGGAAGCAAAUCAGUGUAUGAUGACGAGUCCUUGAAGCUUGGCACGUCUCUCGAAAAGGAUGAUAUCCAGGCUCUGAUUCAUGGAGCCAUAAAGGGGGAUGCAGAGUACCAGAUCAAGCUUCUAAGAUUAUAUGGCGAAAUUUCGGCAUCAGAUGCGCCAUGUACCUUGCCCUGGAGUAGCUCACAGCGCAGUCUCAUCCGCAAAGCGCGACUUAUCAUGGGCCUUGAAAUCCAGAGGGCUGCUGGGCGGAUAACAGUCGAUGCCUUGGACAAGAUAUCGACGCAGUUGUUUUGUCAUGACAAUGAAGAGGCCGCCAUGGGCAUGGAGGAGUUUGCAGCUUAUAGCCGUGGUUUGUCCGACCGAGGUGAGAUGUCUGGGGGGCGUGCAAAGCAAAUCAUCAUGCUUGCUUUUGACGGAGAGUCGGAUUUGGUUUGA